UUUUCCUCUGUCGUGUUUUCCCUUGCUGGGCGGAGGAGAAAAAGGAGGGUUUCUUCUCUUAUUUGGAUCCCCAAAUCUAGGGUUCCUCCUAUUAAAGAGUUUAUUGUAGCAGAUCUAGAAGAUCGAGCCUUAAAUUUCUCCGUUAUCGUUCUCUUAUUAAGGGUUCAGAAUGAUGGAGAGCCAGUAUAGUUUUUGGCAGUUGGGCGAUGAGCUUCGAGGACGAUCUAAGGCUUCGGAGGAUCACCAGUGGUUUAUGGUUGCUUCUAAACUUGCAGAGCAGAUGAAGUCAAAGGGAGAACGUACAAACAACCUUGAUCUUUCAAAGGCCCCAGUGGAAACAAGGCCAAGAGAGAAAAGUGGAUUUCAAGAAGACAACAAAUUUCAGAAUUUCAAUUUCGGCAUGCUGAGUUUGGACUCCAAAAUCAAUGAAACUCUGAACAAGAGUUCUUUGAGAACUGGCAUUUAUAAUAUCAACACAUUGUAUCAGAAAAGCAGCGGAAAUAAUACCAUAAAUGUAAACAUGGCAAUUGGCAAUAGCAAGUAUAGCAACAGUAAUCACAACAACAAAGAUCUUAACGGCAGCAACACCAACAACAAUGACAAUGACAAUAACAACAACAACAACAACAAUAACAAUGCUGUUGAUAAAAGGUUCAAGACCUUGCCUUCGACAGAGACACUUCCACGGAAUGAGGUCCUUGGAGGAUACAUUUUCGUGUGUAACAAUGACACAAUGCAGGAAGAUUUGAAGCGGCAAUUAUUUGGUUUACCACCAAGAUACAGAGAUUCUGUUCGGGCAAUAACACCUGGGUUGCCCCUCUUUCUUUAUAACUAUACCACUCACCAACUUCAUGGGAUAUUUGAGGCAGCAAGUUUUGGGGGAUCUAACAUCGAUCCGACAGCCUGGGAAGAUAAAAAAUGUAAAGGUGAAUCAAGGUUUCCUGCACAGGUAAGGAUCCGUGUUAGGAAGCUCUGCAAGGCGUUGGAGGAAGAUGCUUUCAGGCCAGUUUUACAUCACUAUGAUGGUCCCAAGUUUCGUCUUGAGCUCUCUGUUCCAGAGACAUUGGCUUUACUAGACUUGUGCGAACAAGGAAGCAUGUGAAACAGUCUAUUGGCUCUCCAUGCUAUGGGAACAUGAGGACGAAUUGUGUAUUUUGUCUGUGGUGGUGUGUCAUAUGUGGUUUUCCCAGAUUUUCCAUGAAGCGCAAGCUUAGGGGCUUAAGUCCGUUGGGUUGGAACUUGGAACUUGAACUUCUCAACAAGAGUCCCGGGAAGGCAUACGUGCCUGUCGAAUGGUCAUGUAGAUUGUACUGUUAAGAUACCUCAGAAGUGGGUAAAUCCUAUAUUAUGAUGUUAUAGUUUAAACAGAAUUUAAUGUUGAAAGAAGAGCGUGUAAGGGCCAAGCCCGUGAAAUUGAGCCAAGUCUUUUGAUAUGUUAACAAGUUUUUUUACGUGCUUGUAAGUGGGCAUCUUUAUUGUUUGUGUGCUAUCCAUCUCCUUAUAGAUGCAGAAGAGUGCUUUUACAUAUUUAUUCA